AUGCAAAGAGAAAGAAUUGAAUGGCAAAGUUUUUUGGCUUCCGUUAUUACUGGUGAAGUUAUUAAAUCAGAAAAACGUCGUUUAUCAGGUUCUUCACGACAAGAAUCGGAUUUUAAAUUUAAUUUAUGGUUAGGAAUUCGUGCAGCAGUACGUGGUCGUCUUACACAAAAUCCUGUGGAAGAAAAAUUAAUUGUAGUUGAAAAACAACGACAAAUUGAUAAUGUUUUAAGAGAAGUAAUACAAUUUAAAGUUAAAUCUGGUAAUAUUCCCCCAAUAGAUCAAGUUGCAGAAUUACUUCAUAAAGUUGAUUCAUGUGAAAGUUUAUAUCCUUCUCGUAGAGCAAUGAUGGCAGAUAAAACUUUAUAUAGAUUACCAGAAUUUCAAAAUAAUUUAGAUGCAUUAACUUCAUGGUUAACAGCAACUCGUAGUUUACAAACUCAAUUAAGAAUUUUACAAAAUUGGACUGGAAGUGAAGAUUUAAUAAUCACUCGACCUAAAGAUGCACCAGCUGAUGCAGAAAAUCCUUCUUUCAUUGAACGUAUAUUAAAAGAGAAUAGUUUAAAACAAACAUUUGAGAAAAGAAUUUUAACUACAGUACAUUCACUUUUAUUGAAGGGGAAACAUGUGAUGAUUGAAAAUGCGACUUCAUUUGAAAAUAUGAAAUUACCACCAUAUAUUAAUGAAUUACAACAACUUCUUAAUUUUCCUACCAAACUUAUGGAAGAAUGUAUGAAAUUAUUAUUGGAAUAUGCCAAUGUAUUAAAUGAACCAACGAUGUUAACGGUUCAACAAAUGAUGGACGAUUUUCGAAUUUCACUUCCUUUAGCAUGUCAAAUUAAACAUCAAUAUUUAGAAUUAAUUAAAACUGAAACUGGUUGGAUGAUACCUCCUUGUAUUGAUGAAAAUUAUACUACCGUAUUAUCUGAAUCAUUAAAAUUUUAUUUUACCCUUUUACAUUGGAAAGUUAAAUAUGGUUAUAAAAAUAAAACCGUAUUUUUUAAAGAAGCCGAGAUUUUAGAAAAUGAAUGGUCUUUCUUGAGUGGUAUUUGUCAUCACAUAACAGGUGGUGAUGCUGAAAUUGCUGAACAAUUUUGUGGACUUACGAAUAAAUUACUUCAAAGUGUAAUGACUUACUUUGGAUCAGAAUUAGAUAAUGUUCCUCUAAAUGCUGAUGCUUCAAAUUUAUCAAAAAUAUAUAAUAAGAUUUUGGAUAGUGUACGACUAAGAUCUCGAAAAUUGAUGCGAUUUACAAAAUUCCUUUUUGGUGAACUUGAAAAUUCUGCCGAAUAUUUUAUUGAUGAUGCAAAUUUUUCUGCCUUUAUUCAAGGAUUGGAAUGUACAGAUCACGCUCUAGUAUAUCCUCCAUCUUAUGAAGAUGAAGGUAUAUGCUUCAUAAUAUCACCUUCACUUUAUGACCGUGAAGAUCAAAUAAAAAAGUUACUCGAAAUUGUUAUUUCACCAUAUGAAGAAAAUCAAGAUAAUUAUGAGGAAGAAUCACAAGGACUCGAAUAUGUUAUUUUAUUAUCACCUCGAGUAUCAUUUGAAUGGUCUGGACCAAUAAUUAACAUGUCACUAGAUAAUAUUAACCUUGAUCUUAAAUCUCAUAGAAUUAGAUUAAUUGUAGAUGGUUCUUAUACCAAAUUACAAGCUUGUAAACAAAGAUUUCGUCAAAUGGUUGAAAAUUGUGGAAUUAAAGUAUUAUUAGAAACCCGAGCCAAUGUUCCAUGCGUAAAUCGGGAAAUUAUCAAAAUUAAGAAAACCAUAUUUAAAUUUGUAAACAAAAUUAUUGAUAGUGUUAAUACAAUACGAGAUAGGACGAAACAUAUAGAAUGUCAAGAUUUAAUUGAAAAUUGUUUUAGUUUUGCCACCGAAUUUGGGCAACGUUCAUUACGAUACCUUCAUCGAGAUGCCGUAAGAUCACAAUUGAAUGUUAAAUUAAAUCGAUUAUCUAUCGAUUGGGUUAGUUUCAUUUGUGAUGAUUGUAUUCUUACCGAUCGUAAAACUUUUCGAUGGGCCGUAAUCGCUUUAGAAUAUGCCAUGACAACUAAUCGUGGGAAUAAUAUUUUUGGAUUAACGGAAAGUGAAUUUGCAAUGUUACGUCGUAAGGUUGGAAUAUGUAUGAGAUUAUUUAUAUCUCAUGUUGACAUUAUGGGUGUACGUUCAUCUCAUGAAGCCGAACAACAACAGCAAACAAUAACUGCCGGACAAUCAAUCUCUCAACAACAUAGUAAUCAACAUAAUAGUGAAGAUUCGCAUACAAUACGAGAAGAAUGGAUAGCUGCUUUAAAUGAAUUAGAGUCAAGACGUAUGGUGAAAGAACAAGAACAACGUCUCGUGGGUAAAGUGUUAGAUGAUGAACGACCGGAAAAUAGACCUCUCGUUUUCCUAGCAUCAUCUAGAACAAAUAUUUCAUUACGAUGGCAACAAGGAAAAUAUAUUGGAGGGGGUACAUUUGGUUCUGUGUAUUUAGCAGUCAAUUUGGAUACAGGAGAUCUUAUGGCAGUUAAGGAAAUAAAAUUUCAUGAUCCUGCUUCACUUACCACACUUUAUAAAUCUGUUAAGGAAGAAAUGGAAGUGAUGGAAGUACUUGAUCAUCCAAAUAUCGUUUCUUAUUACGGUAUCGAGGUUCAUAGAGAUAAAGUUUAUAUAUUUAUGGAAUAUUGUCAAGGUGGUUCUUUAAAAUCACAGUUAGAACUUGGACGUAUCGAAGAUGAAGCUGUAAUACAAUAUUAUGUCUUUCAAAUGUUACAAGGGUUAGUUUAUUUACAUGAAAAUGAUAUCGUUCACAGAGAUGUAAAACCUGAUAAUCAUAUGGGAGUUAUUAAAUAUGUAGACUUUGGUGCCGCAAAAAUUCUUAAAAAUCAAAAGACAUUAGGAAGAACUACGACAGCUGCAAAAACCAAUGUCACUAGCUUGGCUGGGACUCCCAUGUAUAUGGCACCAGAAGUUAUUACAGGAGGUGAAAAAGGUCGUAAUGGAUCAAUGGACAUAUGGUCAUUAGGUUGUUGUAUAUUGGAAAUGGCAACUGGACGACGUCCUUGGUCUAAUUUAGAUAACGAAUGGGCCGUGAUGUAUCAUGUAGUAACGGGUCAUCCACCAAUACCUGAAGAUUCACAAUUAACAGAAUUAGGGAUUGACUUUUUAAAACAAUGUUUUAUUAGAUCUCCUCAGCAACGACCUACUGCUAAGGAGUUACUUCAACAUGCUUGGAUUGCAGAUAUUCAAGAAUCUGCUGAUAUAGAUCCAGAAUGGACAGCUUCUGGUAGUGGUAUACCCAUUAAUAGUGGUAACAGCACGAUGACCACUAAUACGGCAGCAUCAGACUCACAAGUUCCUCUUCAAUAA